AUGCAGCUCGACUUUUCAAUCAGACUCCCCAGAGUGUCGUGGAAUGAUGAAAAAAGGAUAUUCCUAUGCUGUCUCUACAAAUUUUUUGAGAGGGACGGUACUGCCUUUGCGGAAAUCUUUAAUGCUAAAUACAAAAGGGACCUAGAGAACAGUGGCUUCACUGAUGGGAGAACUUCUGGCGGAACAUUAAACUCUCAAUGGGUGGAUAUGAAGCGACACGGGGAUCCUAUUUGGGGCCGUGUCCAUAAACCUCCUAACCAAUGCGAUUGGCUACCAAUCAAAGACAAGAUCCUGGAUAUUGCUCAAUCGCUUGGGGUCUCACUCAUUGAGAAGGAAAUCGAUGACACAGACACGUCAGGGUACCGUGCAAGGACGGCCAGAUCUCUAGGGACCAGUGCUCCUAAUUCGGCUUCAACCUCAGCUUCCGGUCUAAAUUCAAGUACCCAGUACUCUUCGCCACUCACAGCUACAAUUGUUGAUCACCAAAAGAACUCAUCGUCAGGCUUCCACACUCUCAGUAUCAACAAGCAGCCAUCAUCAUUGCAGCCCUUGACUAAACAUGGUGGAAAGGUCUGCUGGUGGUGCUUAGACCAAGGAGACGAUGCAGCUGAACCUAAUACAUCUCCGACCUCUCCGCGAGGCGAUUACCUACCGCCGCUUCUGUAUCGAUGGUCGAACGCCGACUCACAGGGCAUCAAUACCCCAAAGCGAUAUAUCGCUGGCCUGUUUGCUGACUCUGAUGUCAGCCCAUUCCUUCCUGAAGACGUUGCCCCAGAAAUAUUCAAUAGCUAUGUCCUGAAUCAUGUCAGCAUCGCAAGCCAUCCAAGCCCCUUCAUUUCCACGUUUCAGUCUGUCCUGGCCCCAAUCCACCGAGCAAUGUGGGGGAAGGAAGGGGCCCGGGUCUCCAUCAUCGAUACUAGGAAGCUUACAAGCCCACUGUACUUCGCUAAAGCCCUUGUACGGCAGAACAAGAUCCGAAUCCCGGGCUACAGCGGAGUUGGAGAAUACCUUAUCUGGGGAGAUAUUCAGACGCCUGCGAUAAUUUGCUCCUUUAAGAUAACUACACUCAUCCAAAUUGCGCAAAAGCAUGAAGAUAUCAGCAGAAUUCUGCAACUUGACAGAAUUGCCUCCUAUAAACGCGUUCGGGGAAAGCUACGAACAGUUCUUUCGAAGAAGACCGGCAGUAUGAAUUUGGAUCAUGCUUCUGGUGUAAGCUUGGGUAAAUUGCUCCGUCUUAUCAAUGUGCCCCAAGAAUAUUAUCAGAUGGUCGGUGAGGGCAUCCUCAGGUCGUGGCAAUUACGGAAGCAGGGAGACUGGCAGGAAUUUUGCCAAGGGCUUGAAGUUGGAUUCACCCAGGUACCUCAAACAAACUUCAGUCCAUAUCCAGUCAACCUGGGUGCAACGCCUGCAGGAAGAGCUCCGGCCAAGGGAAUCGGAACAGAUUAUUUUGUUCAGCAUGACUCCAUUGUGCGUGAAGAAGAGGAAGAGAGAUUCGAAGAAAUAGAAGAAGAAGACGACGAAGAAGAAGACGACGAAGAAGAAGACGACGAAGAAGAAGACGACGAAGAAGAAGACGACGAAGAAGAAGACGACGAAGAAGAAGACGACGACGAAGAAGACGACGAAGAAGAAAACGAUGAUGACAAUGACGAUAUUCAGUCCGUCUUUGGCACGCCUUGUCCAGUUCGACUAGCUCACUCCGUACCAUCUAUCACGCCCCCAGACACUCGGCCCGUCCACCGAAUUGAGCUCUACAAUCCUGCUACUGGAAACUGGUCUCUGGUUCAAGAAUCACAGCAAUCAAGUCCUACAGUAGUUGAGUCUUUCUCUCCAGAAUCCAGCGUGAUUGCCUUGGACGACUUUGAAGAAGAAAUUGAAGAGCUCGGGAACCUGAUUAUGGGUGAAGAUAUUCAUGAUCUGUCUACACCUGAGCAUCCCCCGAUGGAUAAAUUCGCCACGGAUCGCGAGAGGAUCAAACGUCUUCUAAAGUGA